AUGGCGGACUCGGUUGACCGCGUCUUCGUCCAUGCGCUCAACACCGUCAAGAAGAUCCCCAAGACCGGAGCGUCACGGCCGCCGCCUAGCGACCGACUCAGACUAUAUGGACUCUACAAGCAGGCCAUGGAGGGCGACGUGGACGGUGUCAUGGAGCGGCCGGCCAGCGGACCAGGUGUCGAGGCGGAUGAGCUGCAGCGGGAGAGAGACAAGUGGGACGCCUGGAGUGCUCAGCACGGUCUAUCCAGGACAGAGGCCAAGAAGCGGUAUAUUGAGGCUCUGAUAGACACAAUGCACCGCCAUGCCACCACACCGGACGCAAGAGAACUCGUCUCAGAACUCGAGUUCGUCUGGAACCAGAUCAAGAAUAACACCAGCAGUCCGUCAGUAUCCGACUCGUCACCAAAAGCCAGCCGCGUGGGCCUCACGAGAACAGCUUCAGAACCUGUAGCUCCAGUAACAGCAGUGGUGCCGGCGCCUGCACCACAAGUCACGCGCAAGUUUCAGCAGCCGACGAGCGGCACAGAAGGACCCAUGCGGAUCCUCAGCCCCAUGAGCGAGGACGAUGUGGUCGAGGCUCAAUACCGGCGUGAGCAUAUCGAAGAGGAGCCCGAUGAUGGCGAGUACGUCCGGAAAGGCGAUCGGUGGUCACGAAAGGUCGAGCGCGCCCUCGUCAGGAUGUCCGCGGAAGUCGCUGCAUUACGAGAACAGAUCACGACGAGCCGCGAAUGGCGGACGCAGAAGGAGAAGUCCUGGGGCGCCUGGCUGGCUUGGGCGCUGUGGCGGGUCACGAAGCACAUUGCAAUCGAUAUCAGCUUGCUCUGCUUGGUGCUGCUUUUCUUGCGCAGGCGGAAAGACCGGCGGAUCGAGGACCAGGUCAGGGCGUCCCUUACGGUGUUACGGGAAUAUGCACGAAAGGUGCUGCCAUCACGAUGA